CACCGACGGCAGCAGUCCUUCGCCGACACGUCUCCGGCGCUGUCCGCAAGCCACACACCGUCUGCAGCAGAGUUCCGUCUUGAUCUUUAUCAAUCCUUCAUUGUUGUCACGCUAUUGUUUAAGUAAUAAUUCGCCGGUCAGCGCCUUCUCCACUGCAUUAAGAUAUCCGGUCAUCGGGUCGUGUCUGCUGCAGGUCGACGAACCGACGGCCAGACCGCCGACUGGCUGCCUUCAUUUCCGUCGUUUGAUAACUCGCACUCAGACCAUAUACCUGGGUAUCGUAUAUUUAUAUCGAGUCGUCCGUGCCUGUACGACAUCCCGCCGACGAAGCGGACGUCGCAGCCGCGGCAAUCACCACGACGAGCCGACGACAUGAGAUGCAGUUGGCCGCCAGACGGAUCCGAUGGAUGUGUUUGUUGUGCGCGUGCGCGCUGGCCGAUCAACGCGUCAACACCGCGAACAACGACACUGCACAAACAGGGUUGGGAGAACAGUGUUUCCAAGACGACACGUGUCAGUUGCACGACAAGCACGCGGUGUGCGCACAGGUGGACCACAACGCAAUAUGCAAGUGCAAACAGGGCUACCACAUCGUUACCGUUUCCAGGCCUACCAACGCAAGGAGCAGUUUUUGCGCCCAAGACGAUUCGGACGGCAAAGCUGGCGGUUCGUCUCUGCUCGGCGUCGUGGUCGGCCUGCUAGUGUUCUCGGCGCUCAUCUGUUUCGGGCUGCGCCUGUCCACGGCCUCCAGACCCCGGCAUUUCCCGACCACCAACUUAUAUCCGAACAAGCUGCUGUGCUCACGUCAAACUAAGGCGUCUUCGAGCAAACAUUACGGGACGUCAGACUCUGCGGCGGCCAACGGCCAACAAGAAGACGAAAGCAGUGCCGGUCAGUCGGAUGCCAAAGACGAUGAGACCAGCAGGGUAGGAGCUGCCAGGGCAGCUGCUUUCAUAUUGAUCUCUUGCCGGCCGUCCACGUCGGAGUCACCAACGGCCUCGCCGGGCAGGGCAAAAAGGGCGAAAAAAUUGGGUUACGGCCGCACCGGCAGCGAUCCAGCUGUGCACAGCACAUCUUCAGUGAAAACAUACAACUUGAAAUGGUAUCAAAGGGACCAGCAGAGAAGGCAUUCGACAAAGAACAGAGAAGCAAAAGGCACUCCACCUAGUCAUUGUUCGACCGAACAACUAAUACAAAAUAGUUCUAAAGACGAAUGUUCCAGGAACAGCCAGACCACGUUGAACUCUAAGGACAAGUCGAAAGCGUCGUCGGUAAGCCGCAUCGAACACAGAGCUCUGGUCCAUCAUUCGGCUGCGACGAUUAGCAGUGGAGGUAGCGGAAAUUGUCCGGAACCCGCGGCGGCCACAGUCGAUGCGUCGGAACAGCUUCUACAACGUCCGGAAGGAAGUAACGCACAGGGGACACGAUGAAACGUCUAGGCAGCGCGUGCGAGUAUGAUAAGAAAUGUUUAUUGAGCGAUACUAUGUGUAAUAAUGUUAUUAUCGUACCAUGUAUAUUGUGUAAUUCAAUGAUCUAAAUACGCGUGUCUGCAUAAUAUGGUGAAGUGAUGUAAAUUCUCUAUUAUAAUAAUGUAAUAAAAUAUAAUGUGUUUUGCUCGCGGAGAGACCGUUAGUCAGCCAAAGGCUUGUCGUCACGUCUUGUCGUAACGGUCGGGGCAGGGGUAGAGUUAUGGGAGGGUGUUCGCACUGCCCGAGAUUUAUUUUGCGUAGCCGAUAUGGAUACAGAUGAUAGGUUUGGUCGAAAGGCCCCACUCGAUUGUACCAUGCCUGGGUGCACCCCUGAAAACAAUUUUUAAAUCUUUAAACAUAACAAUAACGAGUAUUAUGCGCACAUAUAUUACAAGUUACAACGAAUAUACAACUAUUGUGUUGGUCUUCGAUAAUCCGCAUGCUCGCAUUUUUUAAUAAUUAAAAUGUGUACCUAUAUAUUCGAUUAUGGCGUUCAGAUCGGUGAUGAAAAAGUGACGCAGGGGUGGUCUUGUUUAUAUAUUUUAUGUAUACAUGUACGAUGUACCUGCUGACUUCGCCGACCGAUUUUUUAUCGUCUCUCGUCAAACGCCACUCGAUAGCGGCACUGUGUACCUAUACAAUAUUGGAUAUAUAGUGUGUAUAAUAUGGAGUAUUCGACGAUUUUAAUUUUUAAUUGAAUUACAAUAUAUUUAAAUACCAAGUCAUAUAUGUUCCAAAUACAUUGUGUAUGCCGUAGACGUACCCUGGCCUAAGGACGUGACGCAUUUAGCAGAUCACAAACAAGUCAUGCAGCGAGUAAUGAGAUGCACUUACUUGUGUGUGUGCGCGCGUGUGUGUUACUGUCAUCCAUUUGAAUAAUCCCCUGCGGCGAUCGACCGCGAUGGCCGUGCCGGGUCGUAUAUACUCAAAUUUUUCAAAACUCAUACUUCCACGAUAUUCCUCACACGGGGAACAAUAUUUUUAUAUAAUUUCUAGAUAAGUGUUUUGUACAUGUAAACAAUAUAUGUUUGAACGCAUGGUAUGUAUUUUAUACAUACUGUGUUGCUGAUAUUAAUAAUAAUGAUAAAAUAAUAACUCUGAUUAUUGUUACCUACCUAUAAUUAUUAUAUUAUACGAAUAACGCGUAUCGUGUGCGUGUCUGCGUUGAUGUUGAGACUAUUAGCAUUAUUAUUAAUCAAUGAAUGUAUUAAUGUUAUUAUUCUGUUAUAUUACCUGUAUGGCUAUAUACUACCUAUAUAUAUAUUUAUGUACAUAUAUAUAUAUAUAUAUAUAUAUAGAGAGAGAGAAAGUAAGAUAAAUAAUUGAUAUUUUAAUUAAUAGUUAACAUGAAAUAAUUUAGUGUGAAAGAAAUCGUGUGAGCACAAACUAUAAAUAGGAAUUAUAGGAAAAUUAUUGGAAUAUAAUAUUACCUACACUAGUAUAAUUGUUGAAUAAUAUAGAAUUUCGUUUUACGAUAUUGAAAAAUAACCCGAGUGGCAAUGUUGAACGAUUUUUAAAAACCAUCACAGGCAUUAUAUGUAUACUAGAUUAUAACUUAUGUAUUAUAAUUUAUUCAUUCGUCGAAACUGCGAUUUCGGAUUAAAGUGUCAGUGAAAGCAAACAAAAAAAAUUAUAUUUUCUAAUUCGAUUAUGAUGAUUUCAGUUCAAAUACACAUUUCAAGACUUUAUAUAAUAUUAUAAUGAUGAUACAUAGGGGUAUAAUAUAAUAUAAUGUAAAUUAAAGUUGGGCUGUUAAAACAUAAAAUAUAAAUUGAUAUUGAUUCUAUUUGUGUGUAUCAUAGAUUCAUACUACCAUUUUGUGUGGUAUUACGAGUCAUAUAUUAUAUUUAUUAGGCAUCGCGUCGUUACGAACGAUGCAUAAAUGAUUGAUUAAGACAAUAACCCAUUAGAAUUAAUAUUAUAUUUAUCAUAUGAAGCGAAUGGCUGAAUAUUGUAUGCUUAUUCACUUUGUA